GAUUCAUUAGUGAGCCUGGGUUCUCACAAUGCUAAAUUCCUUAUUCCAGAUCUGGGGGUCAAACUGGCUUAUUCCCCAGGCACCAUGAUUUUCCUAUCAGGAAAAAUCCUUCAACAUUCUGUGCCAAAGUGGGAGAAGGGAGAAAGAAUUGCAUUGGUGCAUUAUAUGAAGGACAAAGUACAUGACUGA